CUCCUGUUUUAGUGUGUCAUCAGUUUCGCUUUAUUGCGAAGUGUGUUUUAAUUUAUUAAAAGUGUUCUAAUUGUAAAAUUAAGUUCAAAAUGGCGCAGAAGAGAUCCCUGUGGUUCUACUUGGCUGUAGUUUUAGUAAUUUUGAGCACCUUGACUCAAGAAGCCGAAGCCAGGCGUAAAAUUCUCCGAGGACGACGUGUAAUGACGCGUACUUAUUACCAUGGUAAUGCUGUUCCUGCUUGGGCAAUUAGUUUGAUGGCUGGUAUAGGCAUGUUAGUUGUCGGUGGCGUACUGUACGUGAUCAUGAGAAAGCUGGUACUUUCGUCAGAAACUGGAUCCUUGAACACAUACCAGCCAGCUAUGCAGCAAGAGCUGCCAUAAUCCAAGUUUAUUUUUAAGAUUAAUUGUUAAUUCUAAGAUUUAUGAGAUAGCAUAACAUAGUAUGGGAACACAUCGAAAAUCGAACGAACGAUCAAUUUAUUGUUAAUAUUUGGCAACGUUUUACUUUUAAAGUCUUCUCCAACUAGUACCACCUACUA